AUGCCGCUUCACUCCGGAUGUCGAGGUUGGCUUUCGGAGGUCAGCGGGCGCCGCUUCCUCGACGAGGUCCACGGCCCCAUGGAUGCUCGCAUCUUCAAGGGCAACGACGGCGAAAUGUGGAUCUUCUUCUACGCUGAGCGGAACGGUGAGAACAACGAGGCCCUGCGUGGCAUGCAUGCCGCACCUCUGCACGUAACCUGGCGGACCUGCGGGGUGCCUGGCUGGAGUUUUCAGCGAAAUGGUGCCUUUUCUUCGGAGGACUGUCCCUGGAAAGGGUCUGGUGACAGCAGAUCUAUCCAGAGUUGCAGGAAUUCCUGCGAUGCAGCCGGGGACUGCAAUGCGGUCAGCUACAAACCCGAAGAUCAAGGAAGCAGCCUCGGGGGCAGCUGCGAGCUGCGGUACUGCAAUGAAGGCUUGGUGGAGGGUAAGAAGAAGAGCCCUGCUGUCCUCGAGAUGCCCAAGUGGCAAGCUUGGUUGAGAAGGCCCCAGGUGCAGCGUUGGCGGCGCUCGCCCGCAUGCACAGGAGGCUGGCAGGGUAAUGGUGAUGCCACGAAUCUGAAAAGCUGCAAGCAGAGCUGCGAGGAGCUUGGAGCUUGCAAUGCCAUCCUUUACUCGUCUGGAAUGCGUCUUUGCGUGCUGCAGCGCUGCGGCGAACCAAGCAAGGACGCUGCAGAAGGCUGGGAGGCCUGGCGCUUAGAAGCGGCCGAAGGCAAUCAAUGUUUGGAAAGCGCCCGGCUACAGGCGAACGAGCUGAUCGUUUUUCCCUCGGCGUCUGGAGUGGAGAAGAACUGGAACCUCAUCCACGGUGAUCGGGAUCGCUUGUUCAUCGAGUAUUUCAUCGAACCGCACAUAGUGAUCGAAGCAAAGCUUCAGCGCACAGAUGGCCUACCAGGCCUGCAGCUGGCAAGCUUCGAGGAGCGCUUCGUCUCGCGCUGGCCCUUCGAGGUGCUCCAUGGUGUCACCAACGUGCGAGGUGGCUUUUGUUGCCUUUCCUUGCCGUCCGCUAUGCGGGAGCACAUCGCCUCCGACGCUGUCUGGCCUGCAGAGAAUCCAGACACUUUACCCAGUCUUCCUGAAGGCAAUCUUCUCCUGGGUGCUGGACACCUGCAGCGCAUCCGGCAACCUUUCGACCAGGCUCCAGGCGACGUCAGCCGCUUCAGACGGCAAGCCAAGAGUCGCACCUACCACCAGUUCUUCUACUUGCUCCGGGCCACGGAGCCCUUCGACGUAGUGGCCGUGUCGCCGGAAUGGUGCAUCACCAUCAACGGCCGCUUUAGCCAGCAUUGGUCGCAGGUCCUCCAGCCUGGUGAGGAGGCGUGCGAGUCCAUCCAGUUCGUCUCGGGGCUCACGUUGCGGGGAGAUGAGGUCGUCGUGGCCUAUGGGAUCAACGACUGCGAGUCGGAUCUGCUGGUGAUCCCGGCGGCGACUGUGCUUGGCAUGUUGCGGCCAGUGGAAUCGGACCUGAACGUUUCACUGGACGACAUUGAGAUGCUUUGA